GUUCACACAGAACGUGUUUAUGCGUCCUUCCGCGCUGUGUUUGUGUGUAAACACGCGCUAGAUAAACGUCUUUGACCGCUUUCAAUAUCGUUCUAAGGAACGCCGCGUUUUUUAGACGCCGUGUCAGGUAAAAAAUAAAUAACGUAAACUUUUAAAAACGCGUCUCGAGACUGCGUUCUCCUAUUUGUGUUGCGCUACGUCUUCGGUCUGACCACUAAGAGGAACAGAGCGCAAUAUAAUAAUAAGGAUAUUAUUGUUUAGAAACCGUAUUACGUACGGUGCGUCACUUUUUUAUUUAAAAUGUGGAUGACUGGCAUGCAGAUAUUUUAAACGCGAUGAACUCUUCUGUGAGGACCAGCAGACUGAUGCGAGCGCGUUAUUAAUCAAAGGGUUUCAUAAGUGCACGAACUGGACGCUUCGUCUUUGUAGACAGGUGUUUCGUUGUGUUUCGGCCACCUGCUCCGGUACCAUGAUGCUGGGGCAGUCUCCGCACCUGAUCGGCGGCAUCCUCUGGAUUCAAAACCCAAUGCGAGCUGUCCACUGCAAUCUGACCCAGAAUGGCAUUGACCAUCAGGUGUGUGUGGAGGAUAUGACUUCACACCUGGAGGAAGUGUCUGUUGAUCAUGGAAUGGAUGAUGACAGUCCGGGGUUUCGGAACCAGAGUCCUGGUUUCCAUCAGCGAUCUCCACCCCAGCGUUCUGUCUCAGAAUCUGAGCUCUCCAGGCCAGGAACUGUGAAGCUGUCCAAACCAGUGGCUCUUUGGACCCAGCAGGAUGUUUGUAAAUGGCUAAAGAAACACUGUCCCAAUCAACACCAAGUCUACAGUGACUCCUUCAAGCAGCACGACAUCACAGGUCGAGCUCUGAUGAGGCUCACAGACAGGAAGUUGGAGCGGAUGGGCAUCAUGCAGGAGAGUCAGAGACAGUAUAUUCUUCAGCAGGUGCUCCAGCUGCGCGUCAGAGAAGAAGUUCGCACCCUGCAGCUGCUCACGCAAGGUAAGCCUCUCUGGAGAGUUCACCAUAACCUGAGAAGUCCUGGAAACCCUCCGUUCCCCUGUUCACCUUCUCCGAUGUCCACAGCACACUCCAGACUCUUCGCCCCUGCAGUCGCCCUUCAAGUCACUUCUCUCAAAACUCCAUAACCAGUUGUCAAACAGGUCUAGCCCACCGCUGAACAAAAACAAUCCUAGAAUGGAUCCAACUUUUCUUCACUGCUCUUUUCUGCAUAUCAAAUCGACCCUUCAAGAAUUACAUGGACUACUGAUGUUCUUGAUUGGACGAAGUGAAAGACUUGCUGCUGAAUUUUCAUUGUAUGGACGUAAUCUCCAGAAGUGUAGCACUUUAAACUUUCUUAGUUCAAUUUUUAAUCUAUCUAUCUAUCUAUCUAUCUAUCUAUCUAUCUAUCUAUCUAUCAUCUUGUUUGUUAUCUCUGUUGUUUGCUGUCUGUCUCAACACACACUAAUUGAAGUGCAGCAUAAGGAUUCCGCCCUUUGCACGUCUGAAUAUUACUUGUUUCUAAUCAUUAUAUCUCUUAGUAUAAUGUACACCAUCUGGUUAGCUUGCUUGGUGAGUUGUCUCUUUGUCUCUAUCUGUCCCCGAGCUUGAAUUCCCUUGUCAUCCUUCAAAAGUAGAGCCCAUUAUUACGUAUCCCUUAACAUGAACUGCACUGUGACUGUGACCAGGCCUCUACAAAAGACAAGCCUGCCCUUCCACAGGGAGGUAUGCUCUACCCCUAAAUCCUUUUCAUUACUGGACCAAAUGCAUUAUACCCUCAUCUCUUGAUCUGGAGUCAAUCUGGGGGUUCGACUUGUGGUGAAAUUAAAUUAGAAGACCGGAUGAACAGCUAAGCUUGAAGCUGUGAAACCGCAAAGCAUCAAAAAUAGGAGAAGAUUCUUCCUUUUCAGAAAAGAAAGCAGAAGGAGAAAAGCAGAUGAUAUGCCACACCGAAGAUCACCCUGUCUCAUCCUGCUGUUGUAAAAAGAGGAAAUGUAUUUUUAGGUAUGAAAUUACAUUAUAGAAAGAGUGUAUAAAAGAAAAGGAGCAUUACUUUUGAGGAGAAAAGAAUGCAAGAUGCCUGUCAGUAGCCUUGAACUUUCCAAUCACUGUAUCUUUUUCAGAUCCACACAAAGGCAUCACUGUUAAUAUGACAUGGCCAUUCACUGUUACCUUUUUAACUCUGAAGCACAUUGAAGUACUGAAUCAAAUUAACUGUGUCUAUGUUCUCUUUGAUCAUUGUCACCUUUGUAUCAAACCUACAUUAGUUACAAGAGCCUCAAGCAUCAACAAGGAGAGUUACCACAAUUGUAGCAUGACAUUGCAAUAUCACACAUCUACCACAAAGGCGCCAACAUAGUAGCCAACAAAGGACCAUGACAGUGCAGACCGGCCAUUGAUUAACUAGGGUGGCUCCAGUUGUUUUGAGGGCUACAGUAAUAGGUUACAUGCUGCUGUUCAUGGCAUCUGGCCAUGCUGUAUGAUGAAAGGUUUGCCUUACAAGAUGCUUUAGAUUGGAAUCAGAUCUGAAAAUUGAGUGUUAUCGAUUAGACCUUGUCUAUUAGAUCUCGUAUUGGCUCUUGUCUGGCUCACAGGAUGGAGUCAAUACGGAAAAUCUGGGGAAAAGCAUGUUCCAAUUAAAAAAACUAGCUGCCAUUUCAUGCCUUUGUGGGGCCUUGGUGGUUUUUUAUCACCUAGAGGGCUUAACGGCAGUAGCUUUUGAUGACCGAAGGAACUUGUGAAAGGCUGAGAGGGUGAAAAUAGAAAUGGUCAUUGGUUUUAUAGCUGCUAAACUAGUAUCAAUCUAACUGUACUGAGAAUUUAGGUUUGUUUGGUACUUUAGAAAGAGACUUUAGAUGGAAAUAGCAUUUUUGCUGUUAUCAUAAUUUGAUGUUUGCCUAAAAAGGGUUCAUCUUGUAUUGAUAAUUUUGAUGAGCCAUAUUUGGGAGUACAUAAAUUAAAUUAGCUAUGUCUAAAUGGCAUUGAAUGAGAGUUUGUUUCAGUUCUCGUCAUGGAGAUUAGAUUAUUAGAUGUUGAUGCCGAGAUAUUAACCCAAGAGGGGUUUGUUUUUUUAUUUGAACUUUAUGAGACCAUCACACAGUACAUUAACCUUGGAGUUCAAUUCAAUCUAAAUUGCUCAGCUAAAACUGAAUAGCAACAUAUUGUCGAUUCAUACUCUUAGUUCGCCUUAAGUCAUUUUUGUUAUUUUCUAAGAAAAGUGCAUAGAUGUUAUAGGAUUAUUACAUUUUUUAAUUAUAUAAUUUUAUAGCAUAUACUACAAUAUAACUGUGCAAUAUACUAAAACUGUAAAAAAAUAUAUUAUAAUUUAAAUUAUCACAUAAAAAAAAGAUGUUAACACUUCACAAUAAGGUUCUGUACGUUAACAUUAGUUAAUGCACUAGGUGUCGUGAACUAAAUAUUGACCAUUUUUAGAGCAUUUAUUCAUCUUGGUUAAUGUUAAUUAAAAUACUAUUAUUCUUUGUUUGUUUAUGUUAGUUCAUUUUUCAUUAACUAAUGUUAACGUAUACAACUUUUAAUGUGAAAAAAGUAUUAGCAUAUGUAGAAAUUAACAAGAACCAAGAAAAAUAAAUGCUGUAAAAGUAUUGUUCAUUAUUAGUUCAUGCUAAUUAUUGCAUUAACUAAUGUUAGGGAAUAAAACCUUAUUGUAAAUUGUUACCAAAAAGAUGUAUAGAUGUUACAUAUUGAAAAAUAUAUAAUUUCUGUGAUACACCAUGUCAGGGUGGAAAGAAACAAUGAUUCUCAUGAGAGUCUUCAGAUUUAAACUUAAAAUAAUAAAAGCAAAAUAUCACCCACAAUGAGCAGCAGAAAGAGGCAAACACAAAGAAUUUGGCCCUUCAGAUAUUCUCAAUUUCUAUUACUUACUGUACAUAAACCACAAAAAUGUCCACACUGUUAACAAGAUGUUCUUUGAUCUUCAAGAGGCUAGACCUUGAAAUAUAAACAGGCAAAUAAAGCAUAAUUAAUGCACAAUUGUACAAAGAUAAUUAAUGAUUGGCCAUGAGAGAUACUCUACUCAAGGUUUUUCUCCUCCCUGUCUGUGAGUUUUGCCUUGAAAUUAAAUUAGGCUCCAAAACUUCUUUGCAAAAGAGAAUAAGAAUACUGAUGUUAAAUACGCUUCUGUCUGCCAAUGUAGUUGUAUUCGACAUAAUGUAGAAACUUGUGUUAGAUUGGCAUUCUUACCCUAGAAGGUUGUACAUUUGACUUUAUAGCUGAGGUAUUGAGUUUAGAGAUAUGAAUUAUUGAUGUCUACACUUGUACUGAUGUUCUUCAUGUCAGUUCAUUUUAUCUGUAGAAGAACAGAGAAUACUGGAGCUCUGGGCACCACUAUUGAACAAAAAUAAAUUUAGCCUCACUCAAGAACUGCACAAAGUAUUCAUGGACACGCUACAUAUCAGUACAUGUACAAUAAACAUUAUUCAUAAACAGAUGCAUACAGACAUACUGAGGAUAUUUAUUUCCCUGCUUACACAUAUGCUAUACUGAUGCAUUCAUACAAACACUUAUAUAAAUGCAUAAAGCUAAAUCUAAACAAUGUCUAUUGAUAUUACUUUACACCCUUACAACACAAUGCAAGCAUGUUUUUAUUAUUAUUAUUAUUAUUAUUAUUAUUAACGUUGAUAUUAAUUUCUGAUGUCUUGUAUUAGGCAGGCAUGCAGACCAAACUAUUAGAGCCCUUUCUUUUCCUCUAUCUCCAUAUUGCGUGCCUAAUCAUUAAUAUUCAUGAAUAUGUUAAUAUUCUA